CCUGGCGCUGCUGCUGGCCGUGUGCGCCCGGCUCGGCCGGCCGGCGGAGGAGCCGGGUGAUGGUUGUGGACACGUGGUGACCUAUCAGGGCAGUGGCACAAUGACAUCUAAGAAUUACCCAGGAACUUACCCCAAUCACACAGUCUGUGAAAAGACGAUCGUGGCCCCAGAAGGCAAGAACCUGAUUCUGAGGCUGGGCGAUGUAGAUAUCGAGUCCCAGACCUGCGUUUCUGCCUCACUCCUCUUCACGAGCUCCUUGGAGCAGUAUGGUCCAUACUGCAGAGGUGCGACUGUCCCCACAAGACUCCUGCUGAACACCAGUCGAGUCACCAUGCGUUUUGAGAGUGGAUCACACGUCUCUGGGCGCGGCUUCCUGCUGACCUACACCAGCAGCGACCACCCAGAUUUAAUAACGUGUCUAGAACGAGGUAACCAUUACUUGAAGACAGAAUUCAGCAAAUUCUGCCCACCUGGCUGUAGAGAUAUAGCAGGAGAUAUUUUUGGAAACGCGGCCGAUGGCUACAGAGAUACCUCCCUGCUCUGCAAAGCCGCCGUCCACGCAGGAGUGAUCGCAGAUGAGCUGGGUGGCCGCAUCAGUGUGCUGCAGCGUAGAGGGCUGAGCCGCUACGAAGGAGGCCUGGCCAAUGGGGUGCUGUCCAGGGAUGGCUCCCUGUCCAGAAAGCGGUUCCUGUUCACCUUGGACAAUGACUGCGGCAGAGCCCUGAGUGCUGACUCCCACGUGCAGUUCCGGGCCUCUUCCUCCUGGCAGGGCAUCAGCGACACUGGACAGCUCUCUCCCUGGUCUCCUGGCCAAGCCCAGCUGCAGGAGCAAGGCCCAUCAUGGGCGGCAGGCGACAGUGGCGGCCACAAACAGCAACAAUGGCUGGAGAUAGACCUGGGGGUUGAAAAGAAGAUAACAGGAAUUAGGACCACAGGAUCCACACAGCCAAAUUUCAACUUCUAUGUCAAGAGUUUUGUGGUGAACUUCAAGAACAGCUCUCGGUGGAGGAUCUACAAAGGACUCGCGGGUGGCAAGGAGAAGGUAUUCCAGGGCAACACCAACUGCCAGGACCCCGUGCGCAACAACUUCAUCCCACCCGCCGUGGCCAGAUACGUGCGGGUCCUGCCGCGCUCCUGGCACCAGCGGGCAGCACUGAAGGUGGAGGUCCUGGGCUGCCAGGUCACGCGAGGAGAUGAGACAACCACGUGGCAUGAAGUCAGUCCAGACGUCGGGCUUUCAACCGAGAGAGGAGAGCCACCCACAGAGCCCAACCCUGUCCCUGAAGAGGAAGGGCCUCCACCUGGAGCAGGACUGAAGGCGACCACUGUGGCCAUCCUGCCGGUCCUCCUCGGAGCCCUCCUGCUGGCUGCGGUGGGGGUCUUUGCCUUCAGAAGGAAGAAGAAGGCGGAAAAUCCGUACUUGUCUCCGGAGCCUCGGAAAACAGGCUGCUGGAGGCCGGCCACGCACGCGCCGACCAGGCCCCCGUCGGCCGAGUUCACUAUCAGCUAUGACGACGACGAGGAUGACGACGAGGAGGGGCAGAAGCGCGAGCUCCGUGCCAGCGCCCUGGAGNGUUACCAGACGCCCCAGGACGCGCUAGGCGCUGACGCGGCAGCCAGGGCAGGCUCCACCUUCCGGCCCACCGACGCGCACGAGUACGCCCUGCCCCUGGCGCGCGCCAGGCCCGAGUACGCCACGCCCAUCGCCACGCCCCAAGACGGCCACGUCCCGGGGUACCUCGCGCCUGCGGCUGCGUUCCCCCGGGGCCCGGGCUACGACCAGCCGCGGGCCGCGGGCGCGGAUGGGGACGCGCGUAGGGGCCGCCUACCGUGAGCUGUACCACCGACCGCAGGGCGGGGCGAGCGAGCGACCCCUCCGAGCGCGCUGCCGCGGAGCACACACGAUGUGCGUGGGGCGCGGGGGCAGCUGGGGCGCGCGCGCGCGGCGGGCUCGGCCGUGCAGGAUGCCGCGGCGACGCGGCUGGCGCGCGCCUGAGCGCCUCCUGGCCCCGGCCGGUCUUGUCCCCGGCGCCCGUGACGAAGACUCUGGAAGCUGGGGAGGCGCGCGGGGCUGGAGCGUCGCGACGGGGACCUUGGCCCGCCCGGUCUCGGACUUGCGAGCCCGCGGGCGCGCACGGGAGGCUUGUGUCCGCGGAGGAGCAGACGUCGCGGGAUGUGCUCCGAAA